AGUAACAAAUCGGAAUUCCCCAGAGAUUACUAACCAAAUGGGGUGUGUGUCAUAAAUUAACAAUUAUUAUCAGUUAGUGAAACUCCCACUUUCCAAACAAAAAACGUGUGAUACCUUUAGUUUCCGAAUCAAACUAGCCAUUUAUUGCAAUUUCGCCCCCCGGACGCCACUUCUAUGUCAACACAUAACCACAUUCCACAAAAAUGAGUUUCCUCUUCAAGAAGCGCAGACCCAAGGAGGAGCACCACUCCGUCGCCGUGAUCGGACAGCCCACGAACGUGAACCACGAUAUCCACGUUAGCGUCGACGCCGAGGGCAACCUCGCCGGGUUGCCCUCGUCCUGGCUGCGCCAGAUCGGGACCCAAAUCACCAAAGAUGAGCAAGCGAACAACCCCAUGGCGGUGCGCCAGGCCGUCAAGUACUACAACUAUUCCAUGAAGAAGCAGGAAAAGGGCGAGAUCAAGCACAUCCUCACCGAGAAGAUCAUCGCCGAGGAGUCGAAGGAGAUCGACCAGUAUAUGAACUCGAAAGACGCCCAUAAGAGCAAGGAUUCGGGGCUGGAUGAUCAGAGUCCGGAGCCGCUUUAUGUUAACACAAUCCACCACGAAUCGGUCCCCGCCAUCCCUCCAAAGAAACUGCCAAGCAACUUAAAAAAAUCCCGCAACCUCGCCCAAAAAAUGGACAACCUAAACAUCGACGACAUGGAAUUCCUCGAACUGCGCCAAAAAUCCGACUACUCCUCCGACGACGAGUCCCUCCGCCGACGCAGCCGCCUCUCCGACGAAGACUACAUCCGCCGAAUCAAACGACUCUGCAACCCGGGGGACCUCGGCGACUUCUACCACCGCACCACGAAAGACAUCGGCUCGGGCGCCUCGGGCAUCGUCUUCGCCGCCAGCGACCUAAAAACGGGCAAACCCGUGGCCAUCAAGGACAUCGACAUGGCCAAGCAGCAGCGCAAAGAGCUCCUCUUGAGCGAAAUCGAGAUAAUGAAGAACUUCCAGCACAAGAACUUGGUGAACUUCUUGGACGCCUUCGUCAUGUACGAGGACCACCUCCUGGUGGUGAUGGAGCUGCUGGACGGCGGACCGCUGACGGACGUGGUCACCGAGACGGUGAUGAAGGAGGGACAGAUCGCAGCUGUGUGUUACGAGGUGCUGCAAGCCAUAGACUACUUACACUCGAGAGGGACGAUCCAUAGGGACAUCAAGUCGGAUAACGUCCUUCUAGGGAUGGACGGCACGGUGAAAGUGACCGAUUUCGGGUUCUGCGCCAACGUAGUGGGGAAUGAGCAACGGGAGACCAUGGUGGGGACGCCGUACUGGAUGGCGCCCGAAGUAGUGACCCGACAGAAGUACGGCAAGAAGGUCGAUAUUUGGUCGCUCGGUAUCAUGAUCGUGGAGAUGUUAGACGGAGAGCCGCCGUAUUUGCGCGAACCUCCACUCAGAGCGCUUUAUUUAAUCACGGCGAACGGCCGGCCUAAGAUCAUCCGGUGGCCCCAACUCAGCCAGAAUUUGAAGGACUUCAUCGAUCGGUGUUUGCAGGUCGACGUCGAUCAGAGGGCGACCGCUGCAGAGUUGCUCAAGCACGAGUUCAUGGACGACAGGAUGGAGUUGAAGACUUUGACGCCGCUGAUCAAGGCGGCGAAAAAAAUUCUACAUAAGGCUUAAGUUAUUUUUUGUGAUAGAUGGAGCCACCAAGUGACGUCGGGCGAGUAUUUAAGUCGGGAAGAGCUGCAUUUGUUCAGUAAGACUGACUGGCGUUUGUAAUUACACAAAUUCCCAUUUAUUUUUAUAAAGUCUUACAGUAAGAUAUUUUUCUAGUUCCAGAAGGAAUUUUACAGUCACUAAAAUAUUGCAAUAAGAUUAUUGUAACUGUUUAUGUACAUAUUGUGACAUUAAAUACGUUUAUAAUA